AUGGCUGCUCAGACGAUCCUGUCUGCUGUGGCCGUUCCCGUUCUGAUCUUCUUCGGCUUCCUCUGCUCCGUGGGGUCGCCGAUGAUGGAAAUUCCAGAGGCCCCGGGGCCCCGCAACGAGAAUGGGCAGAGGGGAGAGGCUGCUACGGGUCUCUAUGCAUACCAGAAGGCAAGCCAGGCAAGGACGGCUCGCAAGCGCACUAUCUUAGAGUCUUUUUUGGAAUCAGGCCGGGGCGGGGAUGCUUGGCCCAUGGCGUGCCGGGCUCGCGCGCGGCGCGCGCAGCUCUUGGGAGCCCUUCACGGGGGUUCGCUGGACCAGCGCUUUGAUCCGGCGUCGAAGGUGCAAAAACUGCGCGAGCGAGCCGCCAGGCCCUCGCACAGCAUGUUGCGGUAUUUGGCCGAGAACAAGAUUGGCCGAGUACAGACGCAGGAAGAUCGCAAGAAGCUUUGGUAUGAGCACAGAUAUGUUCGGUAUGCUCCCAGCUUCAUCGGCCAACUGAAGCCGAAGAUGCGGCUUUGGACCGCAGCGCUGGAGGAGUCUCAGUUGCCCCUUGCACGGCUGCCAGAGAUCGCAGUGUGUGGACGGUCGAAUAGCGGCAAGUCCACGCUCUUGAAUUACCUCUGCGGCCAAGAGAGCGCCAAUGUUCGGAGGUUCCCUGGCAGCACCACGGAGCUGGUCUUUUGGAAGGUGGGCCGCCCCGCACAGCUAUGCUUAGUGGACCUGCCGGGUUAUGGAUAUGCAGAGGCUUCCGAGGAGAAGCGUCUCCAAUGGACAGAGUUCAUGCUCUGGUACAUCAGGGCACGCAAGAACUUGAAGCGCUUGCUUUUGCUUAUCGAUGCACGCCAGGGAGUGAAACCGGCAGACCGCGAAAUGAUAGCGUACUUAGAAAGGCACAGCGUCCCAUGGCAGAUCAUUGUGACCAAAUGUGACAAAGUUCCUAGCAAGGAAAUCGCAAGACGGCUGACCAUUUUGAAGGAAGAUCUUGGCCAGAACCGGAGGAUGGCUGGAGACCCUGUUCCGGUGAGUGCAUUGAAGCGACGGGGCAUGGACUUGCUCCGCGACAGCUUGAACCAGAUGAAAGUGGCAAAGGAGAUGGUGAAAGAGGGUAUUCGUCUGAAGGUCUACGACCUACUGGAGCAGAGACGUAUACGGAACCGAGAGAAACGGCGCCGGAAAAGUGAGAAGAAAGCUGCGGCUGCAGCAUCUGCAGCGGAGGCCGCUGAGGCGACCCGGGCUGAGGCUGAUGUCCCAAACGAAGACACGGCAGAGACCGAGGAGGCCUUGGAGACUGACCUGCACCAUCUCUUGGGGAACUGGGCUUCGUCAGCACCUCCUCGUGAAGAUUCGCAGCAGAGCCCGAGCAUUUCCAAAGCUUUUUUCUCAUUGGAUGACCGAGACUCACGGCGAGUGGACUCGUUCAUGUCUUCCCUAUUUCCCGAUUUGAAGCAGUUGCGUGCUGUGGACGCCUCACCUGCGCAGCUCUCAGUGGGCUCGUGUGGGGCCGGCAACCUUCAAGCAGGGCAGUCCCUACCAGACCAAGAGAUGAGUACUUCCGGCGACGAGUCAACUUUCAGUGAUGACGAAGGUGAAGAAGACCUCGUCGACAUCAAGCCCGAGGUGCGGCGCUUCGACUUUCACCACAACUCUGGUGAGACACCAAGGCCUUCAGGCAAAUCCCCAGGUCCAUCAUGGUUCCCAGGCCUCGGACCUUCGUCAAGCACCUCGCGGGAGCACGGCAAGCCGGCACACGAAGGCACUGCGGUCGGCUUGAGGCGGGACCAGAGCAGACCGCGGGGAGACAAGGUGUACACCGAGGAUGACUUCGCUUCACCCCAGGACUAUGCAGCUGGCUUCAGACGUUGGGCACCUGCAGCCCCCACAGGGACUCCUGGGAAGCUCAUGUCCGAGAUCCGGCAGCGCUACGAGCGAGAGUGGUCCAUGGAGCUGGAGGACGUCAGUCAGAGCGGCAGGGGAGCCCCGGAUGCGGAGCGGGAGCGGCCGGCCCGACCGGCCCGGGCUCGGGCUUCGACAGAGGAGCCGAGGCCCAGGAUGCCUUUCGUCACCCAGGAAGGCCUGAAGCCGAUACCCAAGGGCCAUGGCAAACACAAGGUGUUCGGUAAGCCGCCGGCCAGAAUCCUCAAAACCAAGAGGAUAAUGGACGUUACUAAGGCCUUGAAGCUGAAGUCAAGGUAUCGAACGACGCGAAAGCGCAAUACUGGCACAGGCUUGGACUGGGAGGAUGCCAAGGAUCAGUGGCUGACAUGGUACUCCAAGCACAAGCGCGACUGGCAUCGAGUCAGCGAGGCAGAGUCGCCAAAGAAGGAGGACGUGGAUGCUGCAUACGAGACGCUUCAAGAAAGGCGGAGGCAACGUGUGGCGAACCUGCAACGGGCAAGGCACAAAGGAGGCCGUGCACGGGAUGCAAAUGCCCCGCGUGAUGAAUCAGCCUUGCCUGAGUGGGCUGGCCGAGAUGAGUGA